GCAGGUUUGAAUUUGAAUGCGCCUCCAUAUGUGAUAAAAAAGUUAAAAAAACCACUAUAGUCUAUACAAUCUCCCAUAUUUAUAUUUGGAAAAAAACUCUCGAAGAAUCCAAAUGACAGUAAUUCGUGAAAAGGGACACAAUAAAAACAGAGAUCAAGGUUAAAAAGACACACACAGUGCCCAAGGCGCAGAAAGAAAUUUAACUCGGAGAAGGCGACACCAGUACCCACUAGCUAGCACCAGCCUGGGCCACCUUCUUCCCCACAUUCUGCAUUCCUCCCAAUCGCUUUUCCUCUCUCUCUCUUAUUAGAAACUUUCACCAAUUAAUCCUCUUAAUUUUCUCACUCCUUCCCUCUCUCUCUCACUCUAUCAGCUCCACUUCACUUCCACCGACCGUUCUCUUAUUCUUCUUCUCUCCCCUUUCCUCUCGAAUCCAGUUACAGUGUGUUAAUUAAUGGCUUCUUUGGUUCUUAUGGCUCUCCUUUUGGCCAUGGCUGGUCACUCCAGUGCGACAUGGUGCGUGUGCAAGGACGGGUUAAGUGAUCAAGUGCUGCAGAAGGCUCUCGACUACGCAUGCGGAGCCGGGGCGGACUGCAACCCGAUCCAUCAAAGCGGACCCUGUUUCCAACCCAACACCGUUAGGGCUCACUGCAGCUACGCCGCCAACAGCUAUUUCCAGAAGAAUCGCCAACAAGCCACCGCUUGCGAUUUUAACGGCGCUGCUACCAUCUCCGCUUCCGAUCCUAGCAUAUCUGGUUGUGCAUAUCCUGCAACUGCAAGUGCGUCCAGCACCCCCACGACCACCACCCCGGGGACUACGACUCCGGUCUCCGGGACAACCGGCACCAGCACCGGCAACUCACCGGUCAUGACAAACCCUAACACUGGUGUGCUAGGAGGCCCAAACAACGGCCUUGGCCCGUCAGGAAUGAACACUGACAUGAGUGAUGCAGGGAUCCGGCUUCCCAACGCCGUCUUCCUCUGCUUCUCCGUAGUCCUCGCCUUCUCGGCACUUGUUUUCUGGUGAGCUUGAAGAUGGCGGCAAUGGUGCUCGGACAGGUUGCUUCAAGAUUCAUGUCAAUGGAUGAUGAUGGUCAAGAAAUGAUGGAUGAGGCAGCUAUUGGUUUUUGUUCCCCUCUCUCUACUCCAUAGUGUAAAACAUGAUGGGAUGCUCAAUUCUUUUUUGAGUUUGUAGUUUUCAGUGGUUGUUUGCUGCCUGGGGUUCUAUCUCUAUAAAUAGGACACGUAUCUAUUGGCGAUUGCAACUUGGAUAUUAUUACCACUUAUUAUUAUUAUUAUUGUUAGCUCCUUGUAACA